GGGCUGCGGGGCGGCCGGGCGGGCGCCGCGAUGAGGGAGCAGAGCGCGCGCACGGCCGCGCUCGUCCUGUGCAUCCUGUCCUACCUGCUGGUGGGCGCCGCCGUCUUCGACGCGCUGGAGUCGGACGCGGAGAGCGGCCGCCAGCGGCUGCUGGCGCGGAAGCGCGGCGAGUUCCGCAGGAAGUACGGCUUCUCGGCCGAGGACUACCGCGAGCUGGAGCGCCUGGCGCGGCAGGCGGAGCCGCACCGCGCCGGCCCGCAGUGGCAGUUCGCCGGCUCCUUCUACUUCGCCAUCACCGUCGUCACCACCAUCGGGUACGGCCACGCCGCGCCGGGCACGGACUCGGGCAAGGUCUUCUGCAUGUUCUACGCGCUGCUGGGCAUCCCCCUGGCGCUGGUCACCUUCCAGAGCCUGGGCGAGCGGCUGAACACGCUGGCGCGGCGCCUCCUGCUGGCGGCCAAGCGCUGCCUGGGCCUGCGGCGGCCGCGCGUGUCCACCGAGAACAUGGUGGUGGCCGGGCUGCUGGCGUGCGCCGCCACCCUGGCCCUCGGGGCCGCCGCCUUCGCGCACUUCGAGGGCUGGACCUUCUUCCACGCCUACUACUACUGCUUCAUCACCCUCACCACCAUCGGCUUCGGCGACUUCGUGGCGCUGCAGAACGACGGGGCGCUGCAGAGGAAGCCGCGCUACGUGGCCUUCAGCUUCCUCUACAUCCUCCUGGGGCUCACGGUCAUCGGCGCCUUCCUCAACCUCGUGGUCCUGCGCUUCCUCGCCGCCAGCGCCGGCGCCCCGCAGCGCGCUGCCCGCCGCGCCAGCGCGCGCCGCCCGGGGGCGCCCGACAGCAGCCGGCCCGGCCGCGCGCCCCGCCCCGGGGGCUCCGCCUCCGCCGCCCGCCGCGCGCACCGGCUGGAGACGUGCGCCCGCGACAAUCUGGGCUUCUCGCCCCCCUCCAGCCCCGGCGCCGAGCGCCGCGGCGAGCCAGACAGGCCCCGGGCCCGGCGGAGGUCCAUCUGACGGCGCCACCCGGGCCCGGUGGAACCCGGAAUGGCAGGGUCGGCGUCACCUCCCAGGGCGCCCUCCCCGGGACUUGGAGAGGGUGAAGGGCCCAGGGCUGUCUUCCGCCACGAGCAGCUUCUCAACACCUUCUGCGGCUAGUCCCCUCCCUCCUCUCCAAAAAUACACUGAAGUCGCAUCACAAGCACGCGCCAGACGCUACAGCCACCCUGCAGGAGCAAAUCCCUCCUGGUCCAAUCCGUAGGAAGGCUUGGCCACAGCGGCACCUAGGAGAGGCUCUGCGCAGGUCCGUGUCACCAACGGGCCGCCCCUUGCGAGCAACUUCUGUAUGUGAAUAGCCUGGUUUUCCGUGUUGUAGGAGAAACGCGCGACUUUCCACCCCGAAAUCCUCGUCGGAGUCGGUGAGGCCAGGUGCUCCCGCUUCCAGCAGCGCUGGGAACAGAGACCGGCCGGUGUGGCGUGAAACUGGCCCACGUGUGAACGAUGCUUUGUCCCUGGCCAGCCCACUUCGGGAUGAGGGGGCCCUUGCCGACAUGACACCCACUGUCACUGGGCCUCCUGGACACAGCCCAAUGCUGUGGUACAAGCUCUCAAUCACCAGCAAUGUGACCUUGGGGAAUUGCAUCCCCUCCCUGGGCCUCAGUUUCCACAUCUUUAAAGUGGCUGGGCUCACCCAGAACCCUUGUCCCUCUUCUGCGUCUCUGGCAGGGCUUUCUGGAACAGGCCCCCCUCGCCACAGGGGGCAUUAACAAAGCCCCUGGUGUGGUGUCCUGGCAGCCCAUAGCACUCAGCCCCUUAACACACCAGCUUCCCUCCGCGUCCCAGAUAGAACGGUUUCCACACAAAGCAAGAGCAAGCCAGGUUAGAAAAGCCAAAAACUUUAAUUUUCAACAUGAGCUACAUGGUCAUGAACACAAUGCAGUGUGACCCGCUCCAACCCAGGGGCCCUGGAAACCGUCCCUCCCCAAAGGCCUGGGCACUCCGGCUCCUGGCGAGGGAAUGAGGGAGAGGGGUGGAUGGAGAGAGGCCCCCAGCCUGAGCACCCAGGGCCCUGCCUUCCCGCCACCCCAGUAGGAGGCAGCCAUAGAGUGAACCGGCUCCAGGGGCAACGCCCACAGCCCUGGGUUCAAGUCUCCACUCUGGCCUCACAGAAGCUCUGGGUAACAUGGGCACCGCCAGCCCACCUCAGGGGGGGCUGCGAGUCAGGGGAGCCGUGGACACUUUCUGUCCACUCCGACGUGCUGCUCUACAGACACGGGCCCUCCCAGAGGGCCUGGGAGUCACUACAGAGGAAUGGGCUCGGUCCCCUGGGCCUGGAACGGCUGCUGCUCAAUAAAUAAAUGCAGGUGACCUUG